CAAGUCUGGGACGCGCCACGAGACCGUUAAAGGGUCGGGAGUCGACGAUCGAGGCCACGGCCGUCGGGGCUUCAAGGCCACAGGAAGUGCGGGACAAGCCCGGAGCAGCACAGCAGACCCUGAUACUCCACGGCUCGCGGGAGCGACGGGUCUCGCGGCUGCAGGUCCACUCCCGUUACCAUUGGCAACGGCGGCCGCCCGCAAAGUCGGCGUGGCACGAAAAGGAGGGACAUCCCGGCUCUGGAAGCAAAUGCGCAUGCGGCGGUCCGCCGGUCACGCGGCACUUCCUGUUGUGUGAUCUUGAGGACCAAUGAAAGUGCGUAACUCUAGGGUCACGUGCGUGGGUUCCCAUUAGCAACCGGAGGCUUCUAAAUGACCCGCCCUCUCUCCGCGUCCUCCGCGGUCCAACUUCCCUUGGCGACCCCAGGCUUGGCGAGGGUGCGCCUGGCCUCUCCCGUUUUUCCAGACCGCUGAGCCCUGCCUACCGCCAUGGCAGAGUUGGGUCUAAAUGAGCACCAUCAAAAUGAAGUUAUUAAUUAUAUGCGUUUUGCUCGCUCAAAAAGAGGCUUGAGACUCAAAACUGUAGAUUCCUGCUUCCAAGACCUCAAGGAGAGCAGGCUGGUGGAGGAGACCUUCACCGUAGAUGAAGUCUCUGAAGUCCUGAAUGGAUUACAGGCCGUGGUCCACAGUGAGGUGGAGUCUGAGCUCAUCAACACUGCCUACACCAAUGUGCUACUUCUGCGGCAGCUUUUCUCACAAGCUGAGAAGUGGUACCUCAGGCUACAGACAGACAUCUCUGAACUUGAAAACAGAGAAUUAUUGGAACAAGUGGCAGAAUUUGAAAAAGCAGAAUUUACAUCUUCAAAUAAAAAGCCCAUCAUAGAUAACAUAAAGCCAAAACUUGCUCCGCUUAAUGAAGGCGGAACAGCAGAACUCCUAAACAAGGAAAUUUUAAGACUGCAAGAAGAGAAUGAGAAAUUAAAGUCAAGGCUGAAGACCGUUGAAACACAGGCAACAAAUGCAUUGGAUGAGAAGUCAAAACUAGAAAGAGCACUGCGAGAUUUACAGCUUGAUCAAGGAAAUCAAAAGGAUUUUAUAAAGGCCCAAGAUUUGAGUGACUUGGAAAAUACAGUUGCUGCCUUAAAGAGCGAGUUUCAAAAGACACUUAAUGACCAGACAGAAAACCAGAAGUCCCUGGAGGAGAAUCUAGUGACGGCCAAGCAUGACCUACUCAGGGUGCAGGAGCAGCUGAGCAUGGCUGAAAAGGAAUUAGAGAAGAAAUUCCAACAAACAGCAGCUUAUCGAAACAUGAAAGAGAUUCUUACCAAGAAGAAUGACCAAAUCAAAGACCUGAGGAAAAGACUGGCAAAAUACGAGCCCGAAGAUUAAAAACUGGAGAAGAUUUCAUCUGGAAGCUGCCACCACAUGCAAGUACAGCUGUUUCUCACCUCAGGCAUGUAUUUGAAGCAGUUUGUUAUAUUCCCUCUCUUUAUUUUUCUAAUACUUAGACUUUGCUUCUAAUAUUUAGAACUAGAGUUCCUAUCUCAGUUACCUAAUUAAGAAGAGAGAAAACCUACUGACUGAUUCUGGCCGGUCAUCCCAAACUCCUCUCUGCUGAGUGCUCCAGAGUCUUAGUUCAAAUGCAGUGAGAAUUCUUUAUAGUAAAGAAGAGGCUUAUCCUUUUGCAUUAUUAUACAGAGUAUACCUUUUCAAUAAAUGUUUAAGCUAGCAUUGUCUAUACUUGUGCAUUCCCUAGAGUAAAAAUACAGAUUAAAGAUAUUACAAAUAAACCUUAUUUUUUAAAA